UCACCCAUGGCAACGGAAAAUAACAUGCGUUAACUUACUGCAGGGUAUAGGAAGAUGGACAAAGACAGACAGUUACAGGAAAGAGUUUUUAUCAACGAUAUUGACUCAUUCUCAUCGAAAUGUAUUGCAAAGUGUCUUGCCAAACAUUCGCUUGAAUGUGAUGGGUCAGCUGAGAAAGAGUGUCGGACUUUGAAAUUAAACGACUCUGGGUCACGAAGUUACAGGGUCGUUGGGACGAUUUCAGAUGGUUCAGAGGAUGACAGACCAUAUGUGUUGGAAGCAUACAUUCGACCAAGUAGGGAAAAGAUUCUUCAAAAACUGAUGGAAUGUGAUGUAAUCGUCUACAACAUUACUCAGCAUCCUGAGCAGGUAGAUGAAGCCCGCUGGGCAGUUACAGCCCUCCAUGAUAAAAUAAAUGAUUUUGGGCAACCAAAGAAGUUUAUCCUCAUCUCUACAGUGAUGACUUGGGCAUGCAGUGAGCCAAUCAAUUCUGAUGACCUUGAGCUCCCUUUUACUGAUGAUGAUUUUAGAAGAAGAAAGGCUCAUCCAAACUUUGAAAAGCACCUCGAACUGGAGAAAAUGGUUACCAAAGUGGGCAAGAUGGACAGGGCACUGUUUUCCACAUAUGUUGUGGUUUCAGGUCUUCAGUAUGGACUGGGAGAGCAGGUCUUCCAUCUCUUUUUUAAGAUGUCAUGGCUGGGAGAAGAAAAUGAAAUACCAGUCUUUGGAGAGGGCAACAACAUUGUUCCCACAAUUCACGUCUGUGAUCUUGCAAGAGUCAUUCAAAAAAUAAUUGAGCAUCAGCCCAAGCCCUAUUACUUGUUAGCUGUGGACUAUUCCAACAACACCAUGGAAGAUAUUGUUAAGACCAUUACCUCUGCGCUUGGAUUUGGAAAGAUCCAGAGGAAGACAUUUGAAGAGGCCUUCCUACAGCAGGAUUUGAGCAUCAUGGACAUUGAUUUAUUGCACGUCAACCUUUGCAUGGAGGGUGUCCAUCUGAAGGAAUUGUUCACUAUCCACUGGUUGUGUGAGUUCGGUCUUGUGGAGAACAUAGAACUAGUGGUGGAAGAGUAUCGCCAGAUCAGGGGACUGCUGCCCAUUCGUGCAUGUGUUCUGGGUCCUCCUGCAGUGGGGAAAAGCACUGUGUCCAGACAAAUAUGUGACUACUACAAGCUCCAUCACGUCAGGCUAAAUGAGACAAUCUCUGAGACCAUCUCUCACCUGGAAUAUAUGAUGAGACACACAUUUUCAGAUCCAGAGAAUGAUGACUCAGCAACAGCAACAGAAGCCCAAGAACUGCUGAGUAUUAUCAAUGACAAUAUGGAGCAGAAUGGAGUCAUAUCUUUGCCAUUAGGUUAUUUGGAUGACCAGAUGUUGGUGAAGGUAAUGAUGGAUAAACUAAUUUCUAACCCCUGCAAAAACCAAGGCUUUGUGCUGGAUGGAUUUCCAAAGACAUAUGAACAAGCAAAAGAACUUUUUCAUGUUGAUGAACAUGAAUCAGAUGAAAGAACACCAAUUUCCUUGUCCAACAAGAAGAUAAUGCCAGAGUUUGUUUUUAUUCUUGAUGCAUCAGAUUCGUUGCUGAAAGAUCGUGUUAUGAACCUCCCUGAGAAGUUGGUGCAGGAACACAAAUAUGAGCAGGAGCACUUCUUGCAAAUAUUAGCCAAAUACAGAGAGAAAAACAUGGAAGAAGAAAGUGUUGUCAAUUACUUGGAAGAGUUGGACAUCAACCCAUUAUUAAUUGAGAUUACCAGUAUCAGUAUACCUGACAACCAAUUAUUGAUGCAUACAAUCUGUGAGAGAGUUGGUAAACCAAGAAACUAUGCCCAGAACAACGAAAAGAUACAGAAAGAGGGGAUGAUGCUAAUAGAGACCACAGUGAAGGCAGAGAGGGAGCAGAAAGAGCUGGAGGAGGCCAGGCAAAGAUCUGCACACUGGGAGAUGUGGGACACGAGGCCCAACAGCUGGGACCUAUGGUGAAACGACUGACUCAAGAACCUGACUGGGAGAACACACCACUCACAAAAGAUCUCAUGUUUACCGACAUCAAUAUCCUUGGCCCGCGGCUGCUAACCAGGGGAUGGAGGACGCUGUCACUGGCUUGUGGAAUUCUGGAGUCCUGGAAACAUCCACCUCCUCAUGGUGUACACCACUCAAGCCAGUUCUAAAAGCAGAUGACAACACUUAUCAUAUGGUGCAUGAUUUGAUGUAACAACCACACCAAUGUUGUCUACCAUCACACCUGAUUUGAAAUCCUUCACAGCAGUUGAUUUGGCAAAUGCAUUUAUUUGCAUUCCACUCGCACCUGAGUGUAGACACUUGUUUGCAUUCAGAUAUCAUGGACACGAUUUGCAAUACACCAGGUUGCCACAAGGCUUCAAAAAUUCACACAGGAUUUUAAAUCAUUGUUUGAAAUCAUUGCUGCAGGAUCUAGAACUCCCAGACAGAUGUAAAUUCCUGAUGUAUGUUGAUGAUCUCCUGUUGGCAGCCCCAACAGCAGAGUCAUGUUUGUCUCUAACUAAACUUGUUUUGCUCCAUUUGCAUGAGCUGGGAUUCAAAGCCUCCAGGAAGAAGCUUCAGUGAUGUCGCAAAUCGAUGACCUUUUUGGGCAGAGUGGUGUCUUCUGAAGAAUCAACUAUGUCCUCGGAGGAUCAUUCUCCUAUUCUACAGCACAAACGUCCUGACAUGGUGAAGGAGAUGCUUGCUUUACUUGAUUUGUGCGGUUACAGCAGCUUUGCAGAUCGCACCGCUCCCCUCAGACACAUGGUGUCCAAGGUGACCAAGGUUACAGAAACCUCGCUGCCAAAUUGGAGUGGUCAGCAGAGUUAGAUUCUACCUAUACCACCCUUGUACAUGAUCUCGCAUCAGCAGCAUUUCUGGCUGCUCCAAAUUACACCAUUCCAUUUCACUUAGAUGUUACUGUCACACCAACCAUUGUGAAUACUACUUUAUAUCAGAAGAGGGAUGGAAAACGUCAUGUCCUGAUGUAUUGUGGCAUUCCACUUGAUCCACUCUAAGCCAAAAGUCCUGAAUGCACUAGGUUUGCAGCUAGACUUGCCAAAAUUAUCCAAAAAACCGCACACAUGGUAAUGUCAUAUCCGCUCGUGGUCCUUACUGACCACUCGGUGACAGCCUAUGUUGCCUCAUCAGCAUUCACACUAUCUUCUCUUGGGCAAACACGCCUGUUGAAAAUUCUUAAGGCACCAAAGAUCACACGUGUACACACCGGCAUUAACAUGACUGAUGAAUUGCAUGUAGACCCACACUGCUGUGGAAUUGCUGUGACGAACUCUCUUCAUCCACAUGCUGAUCUCUCUGUCCAACCUCUGACUAUUUGCAGGGUGCUGUUCACUGAUGGUUGCUGUUACCGAAAGCCGGAUGGCUCUUUGGCCGCCGCGGCUGCCGUGGUGCAGUAGCAGCCCUUAAGUGAUUUUUUAAAUGUUUCCUCUUCAGUACUAACACAUGCUCCCUCAUCCCAGGCAGCGGAAGUGCUCCCACUCUGUCUCGCACUCAAACCGGUGGCCAGACAAUCUGCCCCUUUCUAUUUUGACUCAGUUUACGCUGUCUCAGCUGCUGUGUUGGGCCUGUCUGCAUGGAAACGGAAUGACUUUAAAACAGCCAAAGUCCUAAACUCCUGUUGCACAUUUGAUACUGAUCCAACGAUUAGACAAAGCCCUGGCCAAACCUUCGGCGGUGGCUAUCGUCAAAGUCCCUGGCCACUUCAACUAUGGCCCUCGUCAAUAAUGCUGCCGACUUGGCUGCCAAACAGGCUGUGGGCUAUGUCCCACAGAUGCUUGUCCAAUUAUCUGACAAAUCCUCUCCUGACCUGCCCAUAGCUCCGUCUCAUCGUGAAUUGGUUAAAAUACAGCACGAUGCCUCUCUUGAAUAAAAGACUAUGUGGCGUGCUGGCGGAGCCCCCUGUGCCCCUGACGGUCUCUGGUUAGGCCCCUAUAGCCAGCCAGUGUUACCUGAUGGACCUUUACUUUGUGAUGUUUUGACCGAAACUCACUCUAUGGCUCAUAUUGGUCCCAGAGCCAUGCUAACCAAACUUCACAUGUGGUGGCAUCCUAAAAUAUCUGACUUGUGUCACGCCCACUGUUGUGACUGUAAUAUUUGCCAGCUACACGAUGUUCGCCCUACCCUUAGAUCGUUGCCAGGUUCUUUUGACUUACUCACCUGGCCCGGUGCUGAACUGGUCAUGGAUGUCACAGACAUGAUCACGCCUGUUCAAGGUAAGCGCUACCUUCUUGUUUUUGUUGACACCUUUUCCGGAUGUCCUGAAGCCUACCGCUGCGCUCACGAAGAUGCCAUGUCGGUAAUGAAAGCUUUGGUGAACCACUGAAUCCCAACGCACGGUUUCCCCGCUCUCAUUUGCUCGGACAACGGUACACAUUUCACAUCCAUAAACCUCGCUACUGUAGAGAAGUGGUUAGGGUUAACGCACAAGUUUGGUUGUGUUUAUCACCCCGCCAGUCAAGGUUCAGUUGAACGCACGUUGAAGGGGAAACUGGCUAAAAUAUCUACCUCUUCUGGCAUGAACUGGGUUCAGGCUCUCCCCCUUGCUCUAAUGUCUGUGAGACAAACUGUGUCUUGCUCUACUGGUUUCUCCCCUUACGAACUUCUUACAGGUCGCCCUGCUACAGACUCUUAAUUGCACUUUUAUUUUAUUGUUCGUUGUUAGUUAUUGUUAACCAUGAUUCUUACAGAUGGCCUGAUUGCUUUUCAGACCAAGAGAGGGAGAGCAGGAAUCUAUGGUAUUUUUAUUAUUGGUCUUAUUGUUCUUGGUAUUUUGAUUUGGGAAAUCGCUGAAAAAUACCCUAUACCCACACCCACAUCAGCGCGCCAGCCGUCAGCACAACCCACCCAGAAAAUAUUUAUCACAGAGCUAA